UGUCAUCUUCAACACCGACCUUCCAAGCCUCUUACAAGGAAGUCAUUCUCUUUGCGUAUGGAGGCCGAUGGCGAUGCUCACCGUGAUAAUGGUAAUGAUGAUGAUGAUGAUGAUGAUUAUAAGUAUGCCAAUGCGGGUGCUAGCGGCAGUAGGAGCAGCUGGGAGCUCGACAGCGCAGACAGGAGGGGAGYCCGUUACGGGAACGGAGAGUGGAUAUCAUGACAUUGGCGACAGGCGGGGAGAGAGAAUGCUUGAGGCAGGCCCGUCGGAGGGAGGCCCAUCGCCUGCUUUCGACAUCACAAGCACGACUCUUCUUCAAGAUUUCCGCGUGGUUUUGACCCCUACUGACUCUGCAUGUUCGCCAUCCGGUACAAAUUCGUGUCUUUCAUGGGUCAGGAGCGUGGUAUUCACCUCCCAGAGGGGUAUGCUCUUCUAUUUGCGCGAAGAUAGAUCGCUGAACACUUCUGAUCAUGAUGAGAGUGCUCGCAGAGAUUCGGCGAAGUCUGUGCGCAAGGGUGAUUUGCGAGGUAUUGCCAGCUCUGGGGACGCAGAAGGCAACUCCUCCCUGCUGACUCUUUCGUGGACGUCUGAAAAGCGGAACGGCACUGCGGCGAGUGCUGCUGCUUGGAGCGUGGGGACAGUGGGGAGAGAAGACGGACUUGUUUACUCCACGGGGUUCGAUCUGUCGCGGAACGAGCGAAAUCUCGUGAUGCCUACUCGUUGGGGUCUGGCAUUCAUCAACACCACGGAUGGUUCCGGAACUACCUAUCCCUAUCUGAUCCCCGACUUCCAGUGUAGAUUCGCUGCAUUCAAUCCUAACCGCACGAUUCUGUACGUGGCCAGAAAUCAAUGCCUUGAGUUCUCCGUCAUGGAUGGCGAGUCGCCUGAAAGCUUUGUCAACGAUUUCAGAACAAGAGCAUGCCGUGAUGGCAGCUAUCUCUCCUUCGGCUAUCGAAGCUUUCUCCAAGAUGGGAGCUACCUAUACGCUAGGGAUGACAUGUACCAUGAGAUUAUAGGUUUUAACCUGAUUAAUGGAUCCGUGGACUCGGUAAUUGGGACAUACGAGGCGGGGCAGCAUAACUCGCUCUAUGUCGGUGCCAAUACCUGGGAGGCGAAUCUUGCGCUGACCCAAGAUGGCUGUAGCCUAUUCUUCGCCGCGGAUUGGGCCACAAAUAUCCGGCGGGUGACUUUCGAUAAACCCGGAGGCAAAGUGCUUAUGAUGGAGACGGUGGCAAGAUGCGUCCUCCCAGGAGGGUGCGUUAUCGGGACCGUUGCUUUAGAUAACGAUGACAGCCAUUUGUACGUCUCGAUCCAGACGGGGCAGCUGUUCGAAUUUCCAAUCAACAAGCAGGCUCUUGGGCAAUGCAGCGGUGCAUUUCCGACACCAGCAGCAGUGCUGACAGCCAGUACCUCAGCCUAUAAUUCAUCGUCAUCGCCAUCGCCGUCAGAACCCUCGACAGAAUCAUCAUCAUCGCCAUCGCCAGCGCUAUCAACGGAAUCCGCUCCAUCGCCAUCGUCGUCAGAACCUUCGACAGAAUCAUCAUCAUCAUCAUCAUCAUCAUCAUCAUCAUCAUCAUCAUCAUUAUCAUCAUCAUCAUCAGCGUCCGCAUCAUCAUCAUCGUCAUCAUCGCCAGAGCAAUCAACUGAUGCCUCUCCAGCAACGGCAUCAUCCUCUUCGCCGGGACACAAUGGCGGUGAUACACGUGUCAGCAGUAGCUUGGCUGACAGGUCUCAACGGUCUCCGCCGGCAACGGCCCAGACUGCACCUAGGAGAGGUGUCAGCGCCGGGGUGGUGGUUGGCGUCGUUGUGGCAGUUGGUGUGAUCUGCUUAGCUUUUGAUUACCACAGAUCACCUGUUUCAUGGGCACCUCUGAGAACGUCCACAACCGUUGCCCCGUCGCGUGGCGAGGCCCUUGCAGAUUCUACCCGACAAACGCACGAGUGCGACACAAGCACUCCCAUCCAUGUGGACGCCUCACUUCCGUUGGGUGACACAUCAUCACAAGGAUUGAGGACCACCAUCACAACGCCUUUGGAUACGCCGCGUGGAAUGUGUGAACGUGUAGAAAGUGCAGCAAUCGAUAUCAUUGGCGGCCGCACGCCAUGUGCGUCGGACUUGCCAUUGGGAGAUAUCCCAGCGAGCGGUAGCCAGGACUGUGACAUUGGACCGCCGGGUGACACGUGCGACGACAAACACGCCGAGAUAGCCUCAUUGCGCAUAUAUAUGACCUUUAGGGAUGCGACAUUCGUUGGAGGGACAUCCAAGCGGCCUCCAGAGCUUUCAGAUAGCGGACCGUCAUCCCGGUGGACCCCCGCACACGAUAGGCGUGGUCGGAAACGGAGACAUACAAAAAAGGAACCGGCUUAUGAUUCCUCUGACCGUGAGGCAUUCUCAUCAGGCGAUGAUCUGACCAGUCGUGAUGGUGCGAUGCGGACUACACCUCCCACACAACAAGCACUCACGGGGGAUUUCAAACUGUUGGACGUGGGAGGUCGUUAUGAGUCUAUGGAUGCGUUGCGUGACGCGGUGGUGUUCUACGCUGUGGCAUCUGGCUUCGAGUUCUACCUUAAGAGAUCGAACAAGACAAGGUACUAUGUCAUAUGUGCUAACCCAGAUUGCCCAUGGUCAUUGGAAGGCAAAGCAGCACAUGCUAAUGGACACACGGAGAUUGUUCGUCUUACUCCGCAUCGCCUUGGUUGUAGAAAAUCAGUCCAGCCCGGCCUGAAACGCAACAAACACGCGAAGCUGAGGUGGGUGGAGCUUAUGGUUGAGAAGAAGUUGCGAGAGGACAGCGGAACGACUUCCACAAAGUUGAAGAAAUGGUUUGACAAGGCAGUGAAGACCCAUGUUAGCUACAGCAAGUGUUUGCGAGCGAGGACGUAUGUGCGUCGGACACUGAUUGGGGCUCCGGAGGAGGGGUUCAGCGACUUGCGAAGGUACUGCAGGGUGUUGCAUGAAACAAACCCACGGUCCAUCAUCCACCUUGAGUGCGAGGGCAACGUCUUCGUUCGCAUGUUUUUCGCGUUGGCCGCCUCUGUGACUGGGUUUGCACAUUGCAGAACUUUGAUUGUGCUCGACGGGGCACACAUCAGAGGGAAAUACGAGGGAUGUCUUCUUGGCGCCACUGGUCGAGAUGCGAAUGACCAAUGUUUCCCCCUGGCGUACGCGAUUGUGGAUGGCGAGAGGAAGACGCAUUGGAAGUGGUUUCUCGUCCUCCUAAAGCGCUUGUGCGCUGUAGCGAAGAUGGACCACAAAAUCGUGACAAUAAUGUCGGACCGGGACAAAGGGCUCAUACCAACGGUCAGUGAGGAGUUUGGGGAUGAGCGGCACGCAUACUGUGUCCGCCAUGUCAGUGGGAACUUCCUGAAGAGCUUGAGGCUGAAAAAGGAACAGGUGGCGAUGCUCCUUGAAGCGGCGAGGGCAACUUGCGAGGAGGUUUUCGACUACUACAUGCAAAGGAUCGUUGGAUAUUCGAGGCACAAUAACAUUGUCGACCAAAUAUUUAAGAAAGCGGACAAAAGGCAUUGGGGAGACCCCCAUUUCGUCCAUCCAAGGUAUGGUAAAGUGACAUCGUCCGUAGCCGAGUCCAUGAACAACGCGCACAAAGGACAUCAAUCGUGGCGGGUGGAGUUCCUUGAUGGCAAAGUCUUGUGCACAUGUCGCUUUCGGGAGGACAGUCACCGUCCAUGCACUCAUGCUGCAGCAACCAUCGCGGAACGGAACGAGGAUAUAGCGUGGUACGUGGACGCCUUCUACACCACGAGCGCCUUACGAGCAUCGUAUGAGGGUGUCGUCUUAUCGACGUGCUUCGCAAGUACAAGAACGUCCAUGGACAGUGAGGAGACCGUUCUCCCUCCUGCGACGAAGCGCCAAAAAGGGCGUCCUCCUAAUGGAAGUCGAAUCAAGAGUUGUCUUGAGAAUAGGAGGGUCAGCCAACCAAGGGCAAACAAGCAGAGGUGUUCGCAAUGCAGGCUUAACGACCACAAUGUCUGCAAAUGCAGGAUACCAAGGCCAGCUGAUGGAGUGCGUCCUGGCGACGUGGCGGUGUCGGCGAAUGCUGUGCCUGCGCGUGACCGUCCAAACCGAAUGCUUACUUACGAGCGAUUUUGGGACGAGCAUGAUCAUCUAGGAGUCUUUAACUCUCACGCAGUGGAGGGCUUUGAAGUAUAUGUGACAGAAGCGCAUGAGCAUGAGGGGUUGUCCGACGAGGACAACGUACAUGGAGAGGAACACGACACAGACAAAGGGGUGGGCAAAGACGAUGGCGAGGACGGGGAUGGCGAGGACGAGAGCGAGGACAUGGACGGGAACCAGGAUGACAACAAUGCGGAGGAGGGGGAAGAUGACAAAAACGACGAGGGGGAGAAGGAGCGGAUUAAGGACUUGAACGAGGACAGGGAUGGCCAAGGCGAGGACAACGACAACAAGGAUGGACAGGACGAAAAGGACGAAGAGGGGGAUAAGGAAAACAUGAAGGACUCGGACGAUGACAAGGUCGACAAGGAUCAAUAGGAGUUUGUGGAGAGAGAAGGAGAGGAGGUGGUUGCCGACACCGACAGCGACGACGACGACGACGAAGAGGAAAGGAGGCCGUGCAUGAUGAGUUGAAGGACGACAAUGAAAAAGGGAAAGAUGUGGAGGUGGAGGUCGUGGAUCUCAGGGGGGCUGAUGACGAGAACGAGGGGAUCGAAGUUGAAGACCCGGGAACGACGGAGCAGGAGGCAAGCAAGAUGAAUCCCGUGAGUCAACCAUGACCUCAACGUAAACGAAUACCCAACAACCGAUAUGAAGGUGUUGACAUCCUCGAUAACUCGGGCAGAAAGGUGCGUGCAUGACGUUGAGACUUGCGGCCACAUUGGGAAUGAACGAGCUAGUAGACG